CCGGGCGGGGGGCGUCUCCGACCUUUGCGCGGCGGCGGCGGCGGCGGGAGCCGGGAGUCAGAUGCGGUCGAGCAACGCCGGAGAUGGCUUCGGCUGGAGGCGGCGCCUGCGAGGGCGCCGGGCCCGAGGCGGACCGCCCUCACCAGCGGCCCUUCUUGAUCGGCGUGAGCGGCGGCACCGCGAGCGGCAAGUCCACUGUAUGCGAGAAGAUCAUGGAGCUGCUGGGACAGAAUGAAGUGGAUCACCGGCAGCGCAAGCUGGUCAUCUUGAGCCAAGACAGGUUCUAUAAGGUCCUGACUGCGGAGCAGAAGGCCAAGGCUUUGAAAGGACAGUACAACUUCGACCACCCAGAUGCUUUUGAUAACGAUUUGAUGCACAGGACUCUGAAAAACAUCGUGGAGGGCAAAACGGUCGAGGUCCCCACCUAUGAUUUUGUGACCCACUCAAGGCUUGCGGAGACCACGGUGGUCUACCCUGCAGACGUGGUCCUGUUUGAGGGCAUUCUGGUCUUCUACAGCCAGGAGAUCCGGGACAUGUUCCAUCUGCGCCUCUUUGUGGACACUGACUCCGACGUCAGGCUAUCUCGGAGAGUUCUCCGGGAUGUGCAGCGGGGCCGGGACCUGGAGCAGAUCCUGACUCAGUACACCACGUUUGUCAAGCCGGCCUUCGAGGAGUUCUGCCUGCCGGUACCGCCUUCCACUUGCCCAGGGACCUCCUUUCCCCCCUUGUCAGAAGGCCCCCCGGUGCCCAUUCUGAGAGCCGAGUCGUGGACAGACGCCGUCUGCUGUAUACGUGGAGAAACAAAGAAGUACGCAGACGUGAUCAUCCCUCGAGGGGUUGACAACAUGGUGGCCAUCAACCUCAUCGUGCAGCACAUCCAGGACAUCCUCAACGGCGACAUCUGCAAGUGGCACCGCGCGGGGGCCAACGGGCGCAGCCACAAGAGGACAUUCCCGGAGCCGGGGGAGCACCCCGGGGUGCUGGCCUCGGGCAAGCGCUCGCACCUUGAGUCCAGCAGCAGGCCCCACUGAGGAACGGGCUGCUCGGCACCCGGCGGGCCCAGAGAGGCCCGCCUGCCCCAAAACACGCGGCCACGGACGGGGCGCUGUCAGGGUCCCGGCUAGCUAACCCUGGACGAGUCAUCCAGGCGGUAUGACAGGUUCUCUGCCAGCGGCCCUGACCUCCUCUCCCGCUUCCGGUCACAGGGGCUGGAAGCGCUCUUUGCUGCUGAGAAAGGCCACAGAACGUGCGGUACGAAAGGCCCAUGUUUGGGAGAACAGCCUGGUCGCCAUGAUUUUGACGGUGAACCCCCGGCAAGAGAGACUAGUGUGACCUGGUUCACUCACGUGUAACUGGAACACAAGUUUGAAGAUAACCCUCUUCCGUUUUACUUGUUAUACAACCACAUUUUCUGUUUACUCUGGUUUCCUAACACCAUGCUCGCUGUGACCUAGUAACCCAACUUCAUGACCCACCAGUGGGUCGUCGUCCUGGUACACACUGAUCUGGUACGCAAGGAGCCACAGAGAGGCGUCCUUCCUUUUGGCCUGUGCUCCAAAGGCAGAGCCAGGAGGGAGCCCUGGGGAGCAAACUUUUCCUUAAGCAGCACCAAACACACAGAUGGGGUCCCCCUGCUUUCCUGUAAGCAGUAUCCUGCUUGGCACCCUGGAGCCCAGGCUGCCAUCUGGACAGGCCUUUCCUGGUGUUGCCCAUGGCCAAGGUGUGUGUGGAUCAGGAAGCGUGAGCAGAUGCUGUGGCCCACAGUGGCCCUGUGCUUGCCUAGUGACCUUGCCUAGUGGUCUAGGCAAGUGGCCCUGUGCUUGCCUAGUGACCAGACACUAGUGGUCUUGUCCUGGUUUGUGCCCCAUUCCAUGUGGCAACUGUUACUGUAAAAGUGGUCCCUCCCCUUUGCCGCCAGCUUUCAAGUACUAGUUACACAGGGACGUUGGGUGAGCUUGGCUGAGCUCGAGGGCCGGUUCCUGAUGACUAUGACGGGUUUGUCAAGUUUACUGUUCUUUUUGGAGAGAGAACCAAUAAAUAACACCAAAUGUGAA